AUGAGCAGUGAAAGAGGGGGCGACAGAGGCCGUUGAGCUAGGUGACGCAUACAACAAUUUGUUUUCCAAAAUCUAAAGAUCCACAUUUCUAUAAUACGCACAAGCUUUAGUUUGAAGCGUUUUGUUAAAGUGUGCCAACUAAAUUUGCCCUUUUGUGCAGUUGGUGCACAACGAAGAGUAGUGCCUAACGAUAAAGCUUACGUUAAAAAGACAGCGGAGGGAUAGUUAGCCAGUGUUUUUGUCAGUAUGAGAGGGGGUUCGUCCUAUGGAGACCGAGACAGGGACCGAGGACGAGACAGGCCUCGUUUUGGGAACAUGAGUGGUCGUAGUGGCCCUCCACCUAUGAAAUUUGGGAACCCAGGGGACCGCCUCCGCAAAAAGAGGUGGAACUUAGACGAGCUGCCAAAGUUUGAAAAAAACUUUUACAACGAACAUCCUGAGGUCCAACGACUGAGUCAGUUUGAAAUGGAGGAGUUUCGCAGAAGGAAAGAAAUCACCAUCCGAGGCACUGGUUGUCCAAAGGCAGUCACAGCUUUUCACCAGGCACAUUUUCCCCAAUAUGUGAUGGAUGUGUUGAUGCAGCAGAACUUCAAGGAGCCCACAGCUAUCCAGUCUCAGGGUUUCCCUUUGGCCUUGAGUGGCAGGGACAUGGUGGGCAUUGCUCAGACGGGAUCUGGGAAGACACUGGCUUAUCUUCUUCCAGCUAUUGUACACAUCAACCAUCAGCCCUAUCUGGAGAGGGGAGAUGGUCCAAUUUGUCUGGUGCUGGCCCCCACCAGAGAGCUGGCCCAGCAGGUUCAGCAGGUUGCAUAUGACUAUGGCAAGUCUUCACGCAUAAAAAGCACGUGUGUCUACGGUGGAGCACCUAAGGGACCUCAGAUCAGAGACCUGGAGAGGGGUGUUGAGAUCUGCAUUGCCACACCUGGUCGGCUUAUAGAUUUCUUGGAGGCAGGGAAGACUAACCUGCGUCGCUGCACCUACCUAGUGCUGGAUGAGGCUGACCGCAUGCUUGACAUGGGCUUUGAGCCACAGAUUCGCAAAAUAGUUGAGCAAAUUAGGCCUGACAGACAGACAUUGAUGUGGAGUGCAACUUGGCCAAAGGAGGUUCGGCAGCUUGCUGAAGACUUCCUGAGAGACUACGUUCAGAUUAACAUUGGAGCCCUUGAGCUGAGUGCCAACCACAACAUCCUGCAGAUAGUCGAUGUUUGCAUGGAGUCAGAAAAAGACAACAAACUUCUUCAGCUGAUGGAGGAGAUUAUGGCAGAAAAGGAGAACAAAACCAUCAUCUUUGUAGAGACCAAAAAGCGAUGUGAUGAUCUUACCAGGAGGAUGAGACGGGACGGGUGGCCAGCCAUGUGUAUCCAUGGAGAUAAGAGCCAACCAGAAAGAGACUGGGUACUCACAGAAUUCAGAAGUGGUAAAGCUCCGAUACUGAUUGCCACCGAUGUGGCCUCUCGUGGUCUGGAUGUGGAAGAUGUCAAGUUCGUCAUCAACUAUGACUAUCCCAACUCCUCUGAGGAUUAUGUCCACCGUAUAGGACGUACAGCCCGCAGUACCAACAAAGGCACUGCCUACACAUUCUUCACGCCGGGGAAUUUGCGCCAGGCACGGGACCUUGUCAGAGUACUGGAAGAGGCAAGGCAGGCCAUCAACCCUAAACUGCUCCAGCUCCUGGAUUCAGGACGUGGAGGAGGUGGAGGUGGUGGCAGGAUGCGUUACCGUGGCAGCAGCUCCAACAACCCCAACCUCAUGUACCAGGACGAGUGUGAUCGUCGUAUGCGCUCCGGUGGAGGUGGCAAAGAUGGCCGCAGCAGCUUCAGCCGUGACAGCCGCAACAACCGCGAUGGGGACGGACGUUCCUCGUCCUCCUCGUCUUUCAGGGACAGAAGCCGGGACCGCAGGAGCAGUUAUAACUCCAGCACAGACCAGUACCAGAGCUACAGCAACAGUAGCAGCGGGGGCUACAACUCCCGCAGCGGAGGCCAGUCAGGAGGAGGUCAGGAUCACUCCAGCCAACCUCAGGGCCAGUACGGGCAGCCACCUCCUCCACCCUCAGCAGGGCCACAGCCUCUGAUGGCUCAGCAGUUUGCUCCACCGCAGCCGCCACUCAUGAGCUUCAUGGGGCAGCCACCAUACGCCUUUGCAUCUCCACCCCCUCCACCUGCAGGCCCAGCCCCUCCCCGGAAGUAGAGUGUUACUGAAAAAGCACCAAGUUAAUUUAUACUGCUUAGUGUUUUUACUUUGUUACUACUCUGAUCAAGUCUACAGGACAGUAGUUUUAAAGGUAUAUAGCAUUCUGAGGAGGUAAGGGCUUAUAUUUCAUAUCUUACUUUUAUCUAUUGUAGUUUACUUUUUUAAAUGCCCGCGUGGAAAAUGAAACUUUCUGUAGAAAAGGAAACUCAGAAUGAGAUACAUCUUUUUUUUUUUUUUUUUUUUUUUUUUUAAGAUUAUGUCUUCGUCCAGACUCCUGUAAAGCUCUCAAACACAUAUCACAGAGGAGAGAAUUCUGCAUCUUUUCUUUAGUAGUGGUUCUCACUAGUUUGUUUCAUAACUGUCUUAGGCCAGGUUGUUUCAGAUUUGGCUCAGUGGCAUUUGGUUUAGAGUACAGAUCUAAAGGAAAAUUUAUUUUUAACUCCUUUUGUCACAUUCCAGAGUCCUGUCCUGUCUUUUGUAAAAGUUCUUUCCUUUGUUUGACUCGGAUCAUUUAAAUCUUUUCACUUUUUUGAAGUAAAUUACAGGACCUUGUUGCUGCGAUAUAUUCUGCUACUUACUGAUUUGGAGGUUGUUACUGACUCAUCAGGUAGUUUUGAUACCAUUCAACCACUAUUUCAGCUGUUUUGUGUGUGUAAUCAACUAUUGGAGUAGAUUUAGUUUUUCAUGCAUGCUUUACUUUUUGCUGUCCUGUAGUAUGUCAGAACAUGUUAAUCACUUCCAUCUGUCUAAGUUAAACUACUUUUAAUAAGGAUCAAUGACUGAAGGGCUCUGUUGAUUGCUUUCCCUUUCAGAUUUGUGCUUCCUUAAGUGCUGUCUUUCUUAAAUAAAAAUUGAGCUAAAGCUG